UCCCGAAAGGUUUAUCUUGCCUGUGCUGACUUGAGCCGUAAUAGAAGGCCAGCUGACGAAGAAAACCCACCUUUCCGAACGCUCUUCUUCGUGUGAUUGAGUUGGCCGAGUGACGACGAGAGUUGAGCUUCCCAACUUCAACCUACCUCGCCGCGGAGGCCGUUGUCGACAAUGGUUUCUGUAACCAUCACCUACAAGCAGCCCGGGACGCAGCCUCCCAUCUUCGUCGCCGGCUCCUUCUCAAAUCCAAAAUGGGAGCCCCAGGAGAUGGAAUUCACCACCGAAAAGGGCGGAGAACACACGUUCUACAAGAACAUUGAAGUUCGGCCAAACGCGCAGAUCGAGUACAAGUUCCGUGUUGGUCUAGGAGACUGGUGGGUUCUUAACGAGACUGCAGCUAUAGUCACCGACGGAUCUGGCAAUCGCAACAAUCUCCUGACAGCACCUGCGUCUCAAGAGUUGAAGCAGCUCAACGGUGUGAACGGCGACAGCCAACCUACAAGUGAAGACGCCUCAAUUUCCGAAGACGUGGACGCCUCAAAAGCUGCCAGAGACCAUACUGCUGCCCAGCUUGAGCCGAAAACAAAGCUUCAAGAUCAUCUCAAGGAUGAGGAACGGCAAAGACUCUCGUCGACCCCGAUUGGCCAAGUUGCGGACACCGCCGCAGAGGUCGCUGAUACCGCCGAGAAACUUGACGCCGAGGUCGACAUGUCUAGACGUGCACCGCUCCCCAAGGGCGUGGAGCACCUCAAAGACGAGGAGAGGAAGCGUCUGUCUUCGACGCCGAUUGAACAAGUUGCGAGCACUGCGGCUGAGGUUGCCGAUUCUGCCCAGAAGCUGGACGCUGAUGAGGACCCUAAGGAAGAGGAUUCAGACGAUUGCCCCGCACCUUUGUUCGCCCACGAAGCUCUUGGACCCUACGAGCCUUCAGCCGAUGAUGAAGAUGAAGUUGCAAAGGACUACGAUCAUCAUGGCACUGUGGAGUAUGAUGUCGACACGUAUGACCUCAACGAUCCCACCCUCGAGCGGUGGCCCUCUAACAGGGACGGAAUCAUCGAUGCCGUGCGCAAGGUUGAGACUGGGCGUAACGAAGAUCAAACUGCUUUCUAUGGCGCACCUAUCUCGCCCAUAAAUGGAACACGCCGAGCCAGUGCUGAUCAAUACUUCGAUGAAGCUGUCCUUUCGUCAGGCCCCUCUAGUCCGGGUUCCACCAAGAGGCUGGAGCUUCCACGAAAGUCGCAUGGCUCCAUGGUCUCGGAUAGAUCGCUCCUUUCUCUGGGAUCGAUUGCCGAAGAGGAUAAGGAGACUCCGAAUGCCGAAGAGGCCAAUCGCGAGAAUGAGGGCUUGAUCAGAGUUCCGAGCCCCGCGGUACGGCCAACGCCGCAUGUUUUUACAUCGCCCGGGAGUGACGAUGAUGAGGGAGUCGUUAUGAAGGGCUCUAAGUCCAGGAAAAGCUCAGAGUCAUCAAGCUCAGAUUCACCUGCUGCCAACGGCCAGUCCAACGGCAAGCACUCGAGGGAUUUGUCUCCUAGGACUCGCCCCGCCGAGCCUGAUAGCCCUGCCAUCCGCGUCGAACCGCCUCAAGACAGAGCAAGCUCCAGCGCCAGUCAGAACGGCGAACUGGCAAGGGCUUCUGCUUCGAGCCCCGGUGAUGAGGCGUCGUCCUCCAGCCGCGAUGGCGGACACAAGGGCCAGCUCAAGAAGCGCGGGCCAGCAUCGACCGAGCGUCCUGGAACCCCUUCCUCGAUACACAGCGUCACAGACAGCAAAGGAGGCUGGCUCCAGGCCUUCUUCCGCGUAUUAUUCGUAGACUGGAUCGGUGGACUGUUUAGCCGGUUAUUCGGCAGCAAGAGAAAGGCGUAAGGUCAUCUCUCUAUUCCGGUUCGCAUUGCACAGUGGAUCGGUUACUCGUGUUCUUCUUAUUACCUUUUCCUUUGUUUGUCAUUAUUCCUCACAAUAUCUGACAGGUUGACUUUUGUCCGCAGGAUGCUGGCCACGAGCACGGCUGCCAUCGUUGUAGGAGUUGCAUGGUGGAAGUUCGCCAUGGGCGGCGACUUGACCUGGCUUGAAGCAUUGAUUUGAUGGUUUACACAAGGGUGGGAAGGGUGUAUGCGGGCCGAAAUUGCAAAGCACCGGA